UAGAAGACUGCAUCACCUGCAACUCCCUGAGAUUAGCAUGAAGACUUGCGGUUCUGUGCUGCUGUUGCUGUGGGCAGCUCUGGUUGUGGUUGCAGGAGAGAGUACAGAUCAACCUACAAUCAACACCUGCACCCAACAAACCUGCCAGCCUAACUUCGACACUGUGAUGAGAGAGAUGAGCACUGUUAUGGCGGAGCAGAGAGUGGAGCUCAGAUACACCAAGACACAAAUGGAGGCCAUGGAGAAGAAAGCAGAGACUAUGGACGCCAGACUGAGAGCGUCUGAAAAGGCCGUCGAGGAGCAGAGAGCUCUAAUUCAAGAGCUACAGGAGAAACAGGAGGAGCAAGCAGCAGCUGUGAGAGCUGUAGGAGGCAGUGUGAACAUCACAGGCAGUCAGGUGGAGGAGCUGAGGAGGGAGAGAGAGCAAAGGAGGGUCUCUUUCUCUGCUUCACUGGUGGCAUCUGGAUCUGUAACUACAGGACCUUUUAACACAGACACUACCCUGGUCUACAGACACAUCUACACCAACAUAGGGAACGCCUACAACCCAAACACAGGUAUAUUCACAGCUCCAGUCAGAGGCAUCUACCACUUUUAUUUUGCCCUUCAUGGUCACGGUCAUGCCUCCGUCCCCAAUGCCAUCUCUCUGCGUAAAAAUGGGGAGCUCAUCGUCUACGCUUGGUGCCAGCAGGCUAGCUACAGUGUCAACCCCUCCAAUGGCGUUUCCCUGCUACUGGAGGUGGGAGAUGUGGUCUACCUGCAGCUGAGGCACGGCGCACGUGUGUUUGAUAAUACCAACCGUCACACCACUUUCUUGGGACACCUGCUCUUCACAGUGUGAUCAGUGGAGAACCCGAUACAUCAGCCCAGUACCAGCCCAUCCACACAGAGCCACAUCUAUUGACCAGUUAGAUUACUCAGUGAGAGGAAACCUUACUUGUACUGUAUUUCAUCUCUAUUUUAAAUGAAUGACCUACAGCAUUCGGUGAUGUUGUGUUUUUGCUUUAUACUUGUUUACUUGGUUGUCACUCUUUGAAAGUUGCUCUUUGUAUUAAACUGUGUAUUGCCUCUUU